AUGAAUGUCAAGCCAUCCUGCGAUCAAAUUGCUCUCGCCAAUUUGUUCAAAUGUGUUUUAUACAAUGGAUGUGCGAACGGUACAGAGAAGGUGCGGCUUGGUGCAACUGUCUUUCAGUGCAUGGAAUCGAAUUGUAAAGCAGAAUUUACCAACCUUGUUCUAACAAGCGGCGAGAAAUAUCUCUCUUGUGUCACUAGAAAUUCACCUCAAACAUACUUCACAAGAUGCACAGGUGAGCCUUCUACAAAUAUUUGGAAUACGAAUAAAUUGGGACUACUACUGUUGUCUAGGAAGGCACUGUCAGAUACCAAUGCUGUGGAAUUUUACCCUGAUUAUACAAAUGUCUUUCCCCAAGGAUACCUCCAGGCAAAGGUUGAUGCAAAUAAUCUGAAUGUGGUCUGUGUUCAUGCUAUUCAAUAUCUACCAAUUACAUUUGAAUUCCCACCGGUUAGUGAUCUAUUCCCAACCUACGCCGACCAAAAUGCGUUCGAAAUGCAAGAUCUUGUUAAGAGAUUCGCGAGCGUGGAACCUCUAGUUUUACUUGGUGAUAUGAAUGUUGGACCAGGAGCCCCAUCAGUCAGUCCUCUUGGGUUGUCUAACUACGAGAUUCUGACCUCUGUGUUCGAUACAAAGGUUGUGAAGGAGUGCACGUUCUGUUCAACAAACCCAUACACAGGAGGAGAAUUCGUAACAAAUGCCAUAUUAGACCAUGUACUUGUGAAUGGAGACAUAAAAAUUCGCAGAAUCAAAGUCGUGCUUAAACCAAAUGAUUUUGCGUUGGGAGAACAGAACUUGCCACUGAGUGACCAUUAUGGAGUAAAAGCUGUGAUUAAAAUACAACCAAAAAGAAGAAAAGAAAUAAACAGAACAGCCAAAAUGUUUAAAGAACUUUUUAAAGCUCAGCUUUUUACCACCACUGAAUACGCUUGACUAGUCCCCAUAAUUUUUAUGACACGUUUCUAUUAUUUUUAAUUGAAUAAAGAAUAUGCCACAACUAGCCAAAUUUGUGGCGGAAACAACUUAAUUUUUGUUUUACUUGUUGAAAAAGUAGACUAUAUUUUUUAUAACAUACCAUAUGACCAUUGCAUCAAAACUC